AUGGCGACUCAGACAGAUAUUCCACCAGAUCUUACUGAUGAAGACAAAGCUUUCAUAUUUCAAUAUCUCGAUGCUAACCUGAACAACCAAAUUCUCUAUGCGUUAUUACAUGGUAUAUACACUGGAAUUCUUGCUGUUACGUUGUGGAAUAUAUCCAUCAAUAAACGCUGGCCGAUCCGACGAGCCUUGGUUGUCAUUAUUAUUCUCCUCUAUGCUUUCACUACUAUCAAUUUUGCUGUCAGUUGGUCAUUGAUAUACUCCGCAUUCAUCCGAAACGGACAAAGCUUUUGGACCGCAUUCUCGAAGCUUAACGGUGUGGACCAAGUGGCCUAUUGGGAGAUGGGUAUUGCAGCGUCUAUGAGUACCCUUCUCGCAGACUCAUAUAUUAUUUGGUGCUGUUGGAUGGUCUGGGGACAGCGCUGGCUUAUUGUCCUGCUUCCAAUCCUUUCCCUAAUUUUCCGGAACUGUGCAUCUCCGGACUCAUUAUUCAUGAUGCUCUAUGUAUCCUUCAUCCUGGCAACAACAUUAUGGUGUACACUGCUCAUCAUUUUCCGCAUUUUGAGUGUUACUGGGGUUAGACGUGGAGCAGGCAGCCGACUGAGAGUUUAUCGCCAUUUUAUUGAAGUGCUAGUGGAAUCCUCCGCUUUCUAUUCAAUAACUCUGAUUCUAUACUUGGCUUUCUUCAUUCGCAAUGAUUUUCAACAGUUUUACAUUGAAGCUAUAGCUGGUAUCAUGAAGGGAGUUGCACCCACACUCAUUGUUGGCAGAGCAGCGGCAGGACACACGCGUCCAAACGAAGAACAUGAUGAAAGUUCGCCGGUGUCUACCAUUCGUUUCCAGACGUCUUCGCAAUCUUCCCAACCUUCGCAACCUUCCACAGCAAGCUUUCAGAAUUCCACUGUGCAGAGUGCAGUCCUUGAAGAGGACAUUGAAGCUCAACGGUCCGGAGAGCGGUCAGAUGAGCUCGUGGUAGUUAUUGAAAGGAUGGAAUAG